AUGAUGCAAAAUAUGUUGCCCGUCAUGCCAAUGAAGACUAAAAACUACUGGUCGCAGUACGACACGAGUUUCGAGUGCGAAAAAUGCAAGAGGAAAUACAGGCACAAGAGUACUUAUAAGCGGCACGUUACAUAUGAAUGCGGAAAAGAACCCAUGUUUAGAUGUCCAUUCUUGGAAUGUACCUACAAGGCCUACCAAAAGACUCACACAGAUGCUCACAUCAAAACGAAACAUAAAUUAACAGCUUUAGAGUAUAAACGAUGA